UAAAAUCGUUUUUCAAAAGGUUUCUAACUCAUUUGUUUGUCAACCAAAUUCUUAUUGUUCUGAUUCAGUACUGAUUAACUGCUAUUGGUAUCCCAAAUUUUAAGACCCAUUUUCUCACUUAGUGACAGAAGAAUACAAAGCUCGAGUUACAAGGAUUUUAUAGUUUUAUUCACAUAUCUCUCUGUUUUUCUCUGUUUUGCAUACUGUCAUGGCUCCUCAGGAAGUCUAUACCUCAGCUACAAAUGAAAACACAACCAUGAAAACAUGUUUUGAAUUAUUAGAUGGUAAUUUAAGUUCUGACGGAAUUACAUUGCUUUCAGAAGUUCCUGAUAACGUCUCUUUCAUCCCUUUUUCAUCGCUUUCUCAUUCUUCUGAUGCUUCACCAGCCAUUCUUCAAAGAGUUCAAGACUCAUCUUAUAAAGGUGGGUUUCUUGGGUUUACUAAAGAAGAGUCAUCAGAUACGUUGAUGAAUUCUUUGGGAAAGUUCACAGAUAGAGAUUUUCUAAGCAUUUUUAGAUUCAAAACUUGGUGGUCUACCAUGUGGGUAGGAAACAAUGGGUCCGAGCUUCAAAUGGAGUCGCAAUGGGUACUCUUAGAUGUCCCUGAGUUGAAGUCAUAUGCUUUAAUCAUGCCUAUAAUCGAAGGGAAAUUCCGGUCUGCACUUCAUCCGGGUGUAGAUGGACAUGUCAUGAUAUGUGCUGAGAGUGGUUCUACUAGAGUUAGAACGUCAUCUUUCGAUAAAAUUGCUUAUGUUCAUAUAUCUGAUAAUCCAUACAACUUAAUGAAAGAAGCUUAUAGCGCUGUUCGAGUUCAUAUGGAUACGUUUAAGUUAUUAGAAGAAAAAUCAGUCCCAAGCUUAGCAGAUAAGUUUGGAUGGUGUACUUGGGAUGCAUUUUACUUAACCGUCGAGCCAAUUGGUAUCUGGCACGGGGUGAGGGAAUUUGCAGACGGAGGAAUCUCUCCGAGGUUCCUUAUUAUCGAUGAUGGUUGGCAGAGUAUCAGUUUAGAUGAUGAAAAUCCACUAGAAGAUGCGAAGAAUUUAGUUCUAGGUGGAACUCAAAUGACUGCUAGGCUUUACAGGUUCGAGGAGUGCGAGAAGUUCAGAAAGUACAAAAGCGGAACCAUGUUGGGGCCUGGGGCACCGUCGUUCGAUCCUAAGAAGCCAAAGUUGCUGAUUGUAAAGGCUAUUGAAGUUGAGCAUGCAGAGAAGGCUCUUGACAAGGCUACAAAAUCAGGAGCUGCUGAUUUUUCCAAAUUGGUAUCGACUGUCGAAGAUUUAAAAGCGGAGCUAAAUGAGAUGUUCGGUGGAGACGACAGUGAUAGCAGUAGUAUUUUUUCCAAUGGGUGCGUAGAUAUUGGAAUGAAGGCUUUUACUACUGACUUGAGAUCUGAGUUUAAAGGUUUGGAUGAUAUUUUUGUAUGGCAUGCUCUUUGCGGAGCUUGGGGUGGUGUUAGGCCCGGUGCAACCCAUCUUGAUUCAAAGAUAGUUCCUGUCACAGUCUCGCCAGGACUUGAUGGAACUAUGCAAGAUCUUGCGGUUGUAAAGAUUGUUGAAGGCGGCAUCGGACUCGUUCAACCCGAUCAGGCCAUUGAUUUUUAUGACUCUAUGCACUCUCAUCUUGCUGAUGCUGGAAUUACAGGAGUCAAGGUGGAUGUCAUUCAUACACUUGAAUAUGUAAGCGAGGAAUAUGGAGGUCGGGUUGAGCUUGCAGAAGCAUAUUAUGAUGGGCUAAGUAGGUCGGUUGCAAAGAACUUCAAUGGAACAGGACUGAUUUCGAGUAUGCAACAGUGCAAUGACUUCUUCUUCCUUGGUACCAAACAGAUAUCAAUAGGAAGAGUAGGUGAUGAUUUCUGGUUUCAAGAUCCAAACGGCGACCCAAUGGGAGUUUACUGGUUGCAAGGAGUUCAUAUGAUCCAUUGUGCUUAUAACAGUAUGUGGAUAGGUCAAAUCAUACAACCUGAUUGGGACAUGUUCCAAUCAGAUCAUUGUAGUGCGACAUUUCAUGCUGCCUCUAGGGCUAUCUGUGGUGGACCUGUUUAUGUUAGUGACUCGGUUGGUGGUCACAAUUUCGAUCUUAUAAAGAAGUUGGUUUUUCCUGAUGGGACCAUUCCCAAAUGCCAAUAUUUUGCUCUUCCUACAAGAGAUUGUCUCUUCAAGAACCCUCUCUUUGAUAACAAAACCAUCCUCAAGAUUUGGAACUUUAACAAGUAUGGAGGUGUCAUUGGAGCAUUCAACUGCCAAGGAGCUGGUUGGGAUCCAAAGGAGCAAAGAAUCAAGGGCUACUCAGAAUGUUACAAGCCAAUGACUGGCCUGGUGCAUGUUAACGACAUCGAAUGGGACCAGAAUACAGAAGCUUAUGAAAUGUGUGAGGCUGAGGAGUUUGCAGUUUACCUCAACCAAGCGGAGAAACUAUUUGCAAUGACUUCUGAAUCAGAGUCAUUUGAAAUGACAAUUGAACCAUCUUCAUUUGAGAUAUUCAGUUUUGUGCCAAUAAAGAAACUGACAAACAAUACAAGAUUUGCACCAUUUGGGUUCACAAAUAUGUUCAACUGUGGUGGAACUAUUCAAGAAAUGGACUACUUUGAGGAUGAGGCUGAUCAAGUUUGCGUGAAAAUUAAGGUUAAAGGUGAAGGACAAUUCUUGGCUUACUCAAGUUCACUUCCAAAGAAAUGUUUCAUGAAUGGCGUCAAUGAGUAUGAAGUUGGUUUUGAAUGGUUUACGGAAGAUGGGAAACUGAUUUUGAAUCUUCCAUGGCUAGAGGAGUAUGGUGGAGAAUCUGAAGUUACUUUUGUUUUCUGACUAUUUCUUGGGGAGGUGUAAUUGAUUUUUAUGUUUUAAAAAAAAAAA